GCCCGACGCACGCGCCGCUCCCGCGCCCGCGCUCUGCUCGCCCCAACAACGCAAACCCGCCUUCCAACUCGCCAUGGACCCGGAGAGCAAGGCGGAGACGCUGUGCCUGCAGCCGGUGGCCGACCACGCCGCGCCGCUGCACAAAGAAGAAGAUGAUUACGAUCCCCACGUCCACAGGCAACUUCCUAAACCAACCAACAACUUGGAGACGCUGGUGCACCUGCUGAAGUGCAGCCUGGGCACGGGCAUCCUGGCCAUGCCGCAGGCCUUCGCGCGCGCCGGGCUCGUCACCGGCGUCGUGGCCACCGUGCUGGUGGGCGCGCUCGUCACGCACUGCCUGCACGUGCUGGUGCGCGCGCAGUACGGCGCGUGCAAGCGGCUGCGCGUGCCGCUGCUGUCGUACCCGGCGGCCAUGGCGGCGGCGCUGCAGGCCGGCCCGCCCGCGCUGCGCCGCCUGGCGCGGCCCUCCACCGUCACCGUCGACGUCUUCCUCGUCGUCUACCAGCUCGGCAUCUGCUGCGUCUACAUCGUCUUCAUCGCUGACAACAUUAAAAAGGUGGUGGACCCGCAGUACGAGAUGAGCACGGAGGUGCACAUGCUGAUCAUCCUGGGCCCGCUGAUCGCGUUCAACCUGAUACCGUCGCUGAAGCUGCUGGCGCCGUUCUCGGCGCUGGCCAACGUGCUGACGUUCGCGGGGCUCGGCAUCGUGGUGUACUACCUGGUGACCGGCGAGCGCUCCUCCGAGCCGCUGGACCUGUGGGGCUCGCCGCACACCUUCCCGCUGUUCUUUGGGACCAUACUAUUCGCGCUCACUGCUGUAGGAGUGGUGAUCGCGCUGGAGAACAACAUGAAGACCCCGAAGGCGUUCGGCGAGCCGUGCGGCGUGCUCAACGUGGGCAUGAGCAUCAUCGUGCUGCUGUACGUGGCCAUCGGCGCGCUGGGCUACGUGUACUGCGUGGCCGACUGCAGCGACUCCAUCACGCUGGACCUGCCGCCCGGCCCGUUGGCGUCGUCGGUGAUCAUCAUGUUCGCGGUGGCCAUCUUCAUCAGCUACGGGCUGCACUGCUACGUGCCGGUGGAGGUGGUGUGGCGCGGCUACCUGCUGCCGCGCCUGCAGGCGGCCGGCUCGCGGCACCUGCGCCUGGCCGAGUACGCGCUGCGCGUGGGCCUGUGCCUGCUCACCUUCGUGCUGGCGGUGGCGGUGCCGCGGCUGGGGCUGUUCAUCUCGCUGUUCGGCGCGCUGUGCCUGUCGGCGCUGGGCAUCUGCUUCCCGGCCGUGAUGGAGGCGUGCCUGAACGUGGCGCGCCGCGGCCCGCGCCUGCAGCUGGCCAAGGACGCGCUGCUGUUCGUGGUGGGCGUGGUGGGGCUGGUGGCCGGCACCUACACCGCGCUGCUCAGCAUCGUGCGCUCCUUCCAGCCCGAGCCCGUGCUCGCCGACGCCCACGCCCACGCCCACGCCUAGGCCCGUGCGGCCGAUGCCUUCCGUAACGCUUUCCAUAUACAAACUAUUUACAUU